AUGUCCGCCUCCGAUGAGAGCCCCAUGACAAAGUCUGCACCAGUCAAGGGUGGAUCACUUGCUGGGACUGCAUCUUCAAGUGAUUGCAAGCUGUAUGAACUGAUUCAGUACCAGUGCGAAAUGGUGGAAUCAAAAAUUGAAUGUACCCCUAUUCCCAGACUAUUUCUCAAAUGCCCAGGAAAGCCAACUACAGAGGUGACACCAGAAUACGACCAGAAUGGUGAUCCUUUACAGAGAUAG